CCAGUUGCGCCGCAGCGCUCGGCCAGUGCACACGUGCGUGUUGUUACAUUUUGAACUGUCAUAUAUUUUUCGUGAGUUACUGUAAAUGUUAUAUAAUUAGGUCGCUUUACAAUUGUAAUUCAUAUAUUAUUGAGUGGUGAUUUGAUGUCGCUGUAAACAGAUCGCGUUUUAGAAUGGAUAUAAAAUAAAACGAAAGCAAAGGCACAGAUUAAAAAACUUGAGUGAAGUGUUUGUGUGGACUGAAUACUGUUGCUGGUGUCGGUGGUUGUAAGAUGGAAGAUAAUGCUCACAGGCAGUACAAUUAUAGGACAUCUCUUCCUGUGGCCCAAUUCAGCCGCGGUGACUUCUCCCUGUGGUCAGUUUUAAAGAACUGCGUCGGCAAGGAACUUUCAAAGAUCACGAUGCCGGUGGUGUUUAACGAGCCGCUGUCGUUCCUUCAGCGAAUGCUGGAGUAUCUGGAGUACGCUCAUCUCCUGAGGAUGGCUUCCGAACAAACGGAUCCGGUUGCCAGGAUGGAAUAUAUCGCUGCGUUUGCAGUAAGUGCAUUAGCCUCGAACUGGGAGCGUUUGGGGAAACCAUUUAACCCCCUCCUGGGGGAAACGUACGAACUGGAACGCCCAGAGUUCCGUGCUGUGUGCGAACAGGUAUCGCACCACCCGCCAGUAUCUGCGUUCCACGCAGACAGUCCACAUUUUGUUUUCCACGGUUCCGUGCACCCGAAACUCAAGUUCUGCGGCAAAAGUGUCGAGAUACAGCCCAAGGGGCAUGUCACAGUCGAACUGCCGAGGUGGGGUGAAGCCUACACUUGGAGUAACGUGAACUGCUGUGUCCACAACGUGAUCGUCGGCAAGCUCUGGAUCGAGCAGUACGGAGCUAUGGAGGUCACCUGCCAUGGAGGAGCUGGACUCAAAGCAAACCUCUGCUUUAAACCUGCUGGGUUCAAUAAUAGGGACCUGCAUCGGGUUGACGGGUUUAUUACAGAUCCGAGCAAAAAGCGUUUACGCUUUCUUUACGGCAAGUGGACGCAAUACAUCAAGUGCUGCACGGCAUCCGCUUACGACCAGUGGUCGAAGGAGCGUGGGGACGAGGCGACCGGGCAGACACCCUCGCACACGCCCAAAAAGGUCCUUGCUAAGUUGAACAGCUUCAAGGUCGGCGCGCUGCGGUCUAUGUCGAUACAGGAUACUGAUGAAGCGGAGACUUCAGACGAGGUCCCAAAACCAGAUGACUCCUUCAACAUCGAUAUCCCCGGCUCAGUGACUCUCUGGGAGGCUCGCCCUAGACCCAGCACAAGCGCACAGUAUUACCAGUUCACGGAAUUCGCAAUGUCCCUCAACGAACUGGAACGCGACAUGAAGGGCCAGCUCUGCCCCACGGACAGCAGGCUGCGGCCCGACAUCCGCCUGCUGGAGCAGGGCGACAUCGACGCGGCCGCCGCGGAGAAGACCAGGCUGGAGGAGAAGCAAAGAGCGGCGAGGAAGAUGCUCAAGAAGUCGCCGGAUGGAUGGCAACCCAGGUGGUUCAGUCAAGGCACGAACCCCUACACGAAGCAAGAAGACUGGCUCUACAAUGGUGGUUACUGGGAUAGAAACUACCAGCACUUGAAAGAUAUCGAUAUAUUUUAAUGAAUUUAAUUGAAUACCUUAAAUAUGUGAUUUCCGGGAGGAAAAUAUCUUAUUCAAAGGACAAAAUUGCUUGGAGCUAGUCAAAAUAUUAUUUAUUAAGCUUAAAUUAUUAUGUUUAUUGGUUUAAUAUCAAUUUUUACCCUUUUUAUCUAGUUAUAUCGAAUAAUUUAUCAAUGUUUUUACAUGUAACGAAGUAUUCUUUUCUCUCCACUUUCUCUUCCUAUGAUAUUAUCUUCCUUCGUAAUUUUUUGUUCUCAGUAUAAAUACUUACUAAGUUUUUCAUUUUCUCAAAAACAUUUCGUGUUGUUUUUUUUUUAAUGUAUACUCGAAUUACUAAAAGGAAAUGCUCAAAAUAAAAUAGUACUUAAAAUUUCCCUCCUUUAUAGUCAAAUUUAUUUUUAAAGAAAUGUACUAUUUCAGUUAUCUACAAUAAAAUAUGAAUAACAGCUAUACUAUAGUUUGAUGUA